GGGUCUAUAUAAAACUUUAUAAACACCCGAUUCAAAUUAGUGGGGUCGCGAGCGACACGAGCGAGCCCAACAAACGGAGCCCCCCCUCUUUUUUCCGUUCUGCCUCCCCUUCUGCUUGUGUGGCUUUCCCUCAUAACCAGCCGAGUUUCUUCUUCCUCCUCUUCCAGAGGAGACCUUGCUUUUAUUUCCAACCGAGCCUCUUCCUCUCUCUUUCUCUCUGUCACGCGCCGCUGACAUGCCCAAGAGAAAGGCUGAAGGAGAUACCAAGGGUGAUAAGGCCAAAGCAAAGGAUGAGCCACAGCGAAGAUCAGCAAGGUUAUCUGCUAAACCUGCUCCUCCAAAGCCGGAACCCAAACCUAAAAAGGCAGCUCCAAAGAAGGGUGAGAAGGUACCCAAGGGAAAGAAGGGGAAAGCUGACGCAGGCAAGGAUGGAAACAAUCCUGCAGAAAAUGGAGAUGCCAAAACAGACCAGGCACAGAAAGCUGAAGGUGCUGGGGAUGCCAAGUGAAUUGUGUGAAUUUUUGAUAACCGUGUACUUCUGGUGACUGUACAGUUUGAAAUACUAUUUUUUAUCAAGUUUUAUAACAAUGCAGAAUUUUGUUUUACCUUUUUUUUUAAAGCUAUGUUGUUAGCACACAGAACGCUUUGUUGUUGUGUUUUAGGGGGAGGAGAGGGGACAAAUGUCAUUGAUUCUGUUACUUAGAACCUGGGCUUUUAAAGUCCCCCUUCAAUUUUGGAAGAGGGGGUCUUUGUAGACACAAGGAAGGAGAAUUUCCUGAUACUGUUCAUCUGUAUUGAUUUCUGAAAUGGUGGUAUGAACAUUGAAAUUCCUAAUAUGCUUGUGUCUUGAGGAGGAGGUAAAUUUAAAACGGAACUUCCUAUGUUUGUUUUUAUCCACAUUGUCAUUUACAUUGCGUUUAUCACUCCUCUUCUGUAUGGCAUGGGGAUUUUUGUUUUAUGCUUCCAUAAAUCAAAUGCAUUCUCACAGUGUCAGAGAAUUCAAACUUCUGGUGUCAAAUACAGAGGGAGUGAGGAUGGCUCACAAAUGAGCCACAUUUCUUUUUAUAGUGUGAAUCUUCAGAUUAAAAAUUCUGCAGUUCUGUUUUCCUCUAAAAGUCAGGGUAGGCUUGUGAACGGUUGUUAAACAACAUGCUAAAUGUGAAAGUGUCCACCCUCACUCUAAACUUUCCCUGUUCCAAGUAUGAAAUUGAAGCUUCUUCAUUGGAUUUUAUAUAGUAACUUUACAUUUUGGUAGUCCAAGGAGAAGGGAGUUGGAACUUGUUGUAAAACAUUGCAGAUUGUAGCCCAUGUCCUGCCUGAAUACCAUUGAUUGAUCGUUUUAUGAAAAGUACCUUUAAUAAAGCUGGAUAUUGUUUGGCUUGGA